AUGGAUCUCAAGAGUCUGAUCAGCACGAUACUGAAUCCGUUGGCCGGUCUCAAGACGGUUUGCACGCUUCCGACCUUGCCGCAGCUGAACCUGGAUUUUCUGCAGACGACGCUGCAGCUGGAAAACAGCUGGCGAGACAUCGCCAGCAACCCUCAGGAUUUAGAUUCUCGUGCUCAACUACAGCAGGAUACGAUAUGGGAAUCGUUAAAGACCGAGCACGACUACAUACUCGCGUUGGGGCUACUGGUGGAGGUAAAAAAUAGCUUCGACCAUUUGCGGACCAAGGGCUUCGCCGAAGGUGUCGAUGGAAGCUCCGUGUUCGGUAACAUAGCCGAAGUGUGCCGAGUUAACGUCGACCAAUGGCUGAAGUUUUUCCACCCAUUGCUGGAGACAGCUCGCCAGUCGAACGUUGCCAUCAACCCCGAAAAGCUCACCGACAUCUGCACCAACUUCGUCAACCUCUUCCAACCGUACGUUUCGUACUGCCUCGCGUACUCAGAUCAAGUGGACUACAUCAAUAAGCAGAUGAAAGUCAAUGAAGACUUUCGGAAUUUUCAUGAGAAAUUCAUCAAAAUGAUCAACUUCCAAAUAAAGUACAAGCAGAAGUAUACAGUGCUGCGCGAAAUAAUGGACUGCAUCGUUUCCUACGAUGUGAUAUGCACCACGGACGGCGAGUUAAGACAGGACGAGUACCUGCUGAUGCGCAACUGCAAAAGCCUGACGCAAAGCUGCGAGGUUUAUGGCAAAGGGGCUUCCUCCGUAAUGCGGCAGAAUGCAACACUUAACGAUAAUGACGUCUUGCCUUACCUCAGACCUCACAAGCGAGAGUCCUAUUUCAAGCACAGACCCGAAAUGAUCGGGGAACACGGCCGAUCAUUGAGCAUCAAUUCGGCUCGAAAUUCGCUGUCUCUCACUAUGCGCAAGAGAUUCAGCGUUGACGAGGCUUUUCUGGCACUUGGAAAGCACUUGAAUAUAAGUAGAGGCUUCGAAAGUGUGUCCCUGAAGAACAGGAGAAGCUUGGAACUGUUUUCUGAGAGCAUCGCUCCUCAACGACCAGUGUCGUGCAUUGAAAACGUUUUGAGCAAUUUUCACGACUCUCCUGAAAAUCCAUCACCAUCAUUGCUGAUACAAGACAAAGUGAAAUCUUCGCCGCUUCAGAUAUCGAGCAUCGAAAACAAUACCUCUCAAAACAUGUCACAAAGUUUGCCGAGGAUCAAAGUGGAUCAGGUCGACAUUCCAACUUCUUCGAAACAUCAAGAUCAUAGUGACCGUAGCUGCAGCACCUUUAAUGUUCCAAAUGACGUCAGACUGAGCGGUGAAGCUGUCCCUCUUGAUCAUGUGCGACACAUCGAGGAACAACUGCGGACUUUGUCUUUGCUCUGUCGACCGACCGAUAAUCCGUGCCUUCACCGACGGGUCAGAGCAAGCAACCUCCACGCUUUUGACUUGCAAGAUUUGAUGGGCCCUCUGCAGGAGGAGUCAAAAGGAGGUUCUGACGCCGUCAAUUCUGCCAUUACUGAAGCCCUAGCCACUGAAAAAUGCAAAUGUACCCGGGAUAAGCAUCUGGUCGAGGAACUACAACGGGCUAAAUCUCUGUCAGAGGAUACUAAGGUAGUUAUAUCGAAAUCUUUCGAUGACAGUGCAAAACUUUCUGAGCUCUCAGCUUGUGACGACCCGGUUGAGAUUCUCCAGCAGUCCUCAGGCACUAUCUCAAACGACGGGUAUUAUUCCCUACGAAGAAAACACUGCAAAAAGAUAAAAAGCAAUCAGCAGUACCAAGACACGUUACAUCACUUUCUGGAAUGCGCGGCGGAAGUUUCGGAAGUGUAA